AUGAAAAGAAAUGCAGACAGAGCCGCUCAUCUGAGUCCCAGCCCCGAGCAGCAGGCCCCGCGCUUACGGCAGAAGCACAGGUUGCUACAGGUCCGUGAGAAGGGACCCCUGGCCCUGCAGAGACAAGACCUCCUGCAGCAGAAGAGCCCGCAGCCCCCGCGCCUGGCCAAGGAGUUGGAGGCCCCCAGCCAGCCCCAGCACGUCCGGGGCCUGGAGCACCUGUACUUAGCCCAUCGGUUAGGUGCUGGGGGAGGACAGGCCAGGGAGCACCGGCCUGACUCGGAGGGGCCGGCCCAGCGAGGAGCAGCCCGGCCGCCCAGGGCCCGGGAAAAGCACAGAGCAGCCGUCCAAGAAGAGAAGAAUCGCAAAGAAGGGCUGGCUGGACGGCAGACCCAGCUUACCCAGUCCCAGAGGAAAGCCGCGGGCCCCGAGAAGCUGGGGGCUCCCAGAGCCGCAGGCCUCACCCGUCGCCCCCUCUGCCCCCGCGAGCAGAAUAAGAGCAAGCGACCGCCUUUGAUGAAGGCCCGCGGUGGCCACCGUCCCGCUGACCCCUGGAGGAGCAGAGGGGUGGACAGAGAAGAGUUUUUGGCUGUCCCGGGGGCAUUCGGGCAUCUGCAGAGAAGGGAGAAAGAAGGAGCCCGGGACAGGAGGUGGCGGCCGGGAAAGGGGGCAACUCCUCCUGGUCAGGGCCCGACAAAUAGCUCCCUGGAUCAGAGCCCCGAGGGAAACACAGAGAACCCAGAACAGCCGGGGUCCAUCGGCUGGACCCACAGAGGGGGUGCUGCGCCCCAGGUGUCUCUGUGCAGGUGCGGGGACAAGAGCAGGUGGCAGAGGGAGCUGGAGUUUGCCUUCCAGGAGCUGUUCAACACAAACAGGGAGCUGAAGAAGCACUUGACCUUGCACCUUGCCCUGGGGCCCGCGGCGGAUCAGAGCACCAGGGACGAGCUCAGCCCCCGCGACGUGCGAGAACCGAGGGGUGAGUCCCAGCGCGACAAGCCAGCGGUGGGCCCGGAAGCGGACGUGGAGCCCGGCGCGGGGCCCACGGGGCCAGCGCAAGCAAAGGCCCACCAGACCGAGUCCCGAACCAGCUUGGAGGAGUUCUUGAGCAACCUCAAGAACCAGAAAUAUCUCAGGCCGGCGACGUUCCCGUCUAAGACCAUGAGUGAACCGUUGUCUCCCAAGGCAGGGGUGUUUAUCGGCGCAGAGAACCGGCUCCUGGGUGGCCUGGGCUCCAGGGAGGCACUGGCCAGACCCGACCCGCUGGCGGAGGGCCCCCGGCGCCGGUGCCUACAAGAACAGGCAGACGGAACCAGCCUCGUGGCCUUGCGGCGGAGACCAGAUGAGCCACGGGAGCCGGUGCCCGGGACGGGGCCCCUGGGGCUGAGCCGGGAAGCCCGCUCCCAGGCCGGGCUGGAAGGGCAGAGAGAACAGAGAAGGGCAGGCCCGGCCCACCUGACGUCUUACUCCUCCCUAGACCCCGAGGAGGAAGGGGCGUGUGCCUGCGACACCACUUCCCCCUGGGCCUCUGGCUUCGUCAUCGACGAUGACAGGCACAGUCAGAUGAUCCAUGACCUUCAGCAGCAAAUUGAAGAGCAAAACAAAUUGCACAAGCAGUUUCUCGCGGAAGCCAGGAAACGCUUGCAUGAGUUUCAGAGGAUAUGA